GAAGUCAAACUGUAGAAACUACGGCCACGAACCUGUCAUAAAUGUCAAAAAUGGCAUUAAAAAUCAAAAUAAGUACCACAAAUUAAGUAGUCAAAUUACAGGCAGCUAAUAAAAUAAAAAAAAAAUUAAAUGUCAAUUUGUCAAUCGUAAAUCUGGGAGUCUACUAGUGCUUUGAUUUUUCUGAAACAUCCUAGGAAUUAUUAUGACGUGCUGAACUCUGAACAUCCAUCUGGCUGGAAUUGUAAAUGUCAUAAUUCUGCACAGGAUCUUCAUAACACUGCAGAAAAAGAAGGAAAAUAAGUGAGGACCGACCAAACAUUUUUCAUAAGCCGGAAGGUGAGAAGCAAUAUUGUUUUCUCUCUCUGACUCGCGAACGCAAGACGUCGAACAUUUAACAAAAUGGCGGACGGACUUGUAGCUUCUACCGAGAGUUGAGCGCGGACAUUCGCCCGCCCUCUUUCGUGCGAUCAACAAUAACGUUCGCUCGCGCGCUCGCCGCUCUACUGCUCUGCCGUCUACUUCUGGAGUACUAACCUUGAACAUCAGAGAUCGGAUACUGCGGUCUCAUUGGAUAUGACAAUAGGAAAUGUAAAACAAUGCAACUGAUCCUGGAAACUGAGAGCCCUAGUGUGAACAUACAAGAGAAGAUGUCAACGCUUGAUGAAGACACUUUCAAUGAAAGGCCAAUUGCUAACGGUCUUAAAGACCUCGUCGAAGAAUUAAAUGGAGUAACAGAAAGCAAUGGAGACAAAGAAAACGGUGAUAAAGAAAAUGUAAAAAGUAAAGAUAAUAUUGUUAGUAGUACAGAUGGUGUAAAGGAUAAUAUUGAUAAGAUAACAGAAGUAAAAGCGAAUGUUGAAAAUGAUACUAUGUCUGAGAAAAGCGAAGAUCAGACAGCGCCAAAACUAGAUGUGGUAAAUGAAAUUUCUACAACAAGCCCAUGCAAGGAAAAUUCUGAAGGUGAUGCAUCAAGAGAUAAAGAACAAUGUGCUAUUGUAGAGCAGGUAAUACAAAUUAAAACAAACGUAGAUAAAGAUGUUUCAAAGAAGAAGAGCGAAGAUCAAACUACACAAAAACAAAAUGUAGUAGAAGAAAUGUCUGCAACACAUACACGCAAGGAAAAAUCCUCUGAAGGUGAUGCAUCUAGCGAUGAACAAUGCAAGGAACCAAUAGAGUCUCAAAGUGAUACUGUCUUGACAAAAAAUAAUAUUGAGCAUGAAGAACAAUCAGUCACGAAUAAAGCUCAAAAUUCAGAUGUUGAAAAUUUUGAAGCCAUGGAUAUUGAUGAAAGUGAUACCAGUGGGUUUGUUGCAGAGGAACUGGGAAACUUAGAAAAUAAAGUAACACAAUCGAUAAGUGCUGUGGUUGACGAAAUAGUGAAAGGAUUAGAUGAAGAAAAUCUGUGUAAUGACGGAGAAAUAGAAAAUUUAGAACAAGACGCAGAGAAGGAACAAUUAGUCAAUUCAGAAAGUAAUGCUAAUUUAAGUGAAGAUAUACACGACGGCAAAGAGAAUAGUUCGGAUAUGGACCAACCAAUGGAAGAUGCACCAUUACAAAAACAAACUGUUCCGUCCGAAUCCGGAUUCUCUACAACAGAAGCCCCGUGUCCAAUUCCUGAUGAAAUAGAGAAUUCUAUUGUUACUAGUGAAAUUGUUGAAGAACCUCAAAAACCAACACAUAAUGGAGAGUCUGUUGAUAAUAUACUCGACGACAAUAUUACACAAAACUCUACUGAUAAUGACGUGCCUGUAGAUGUGCCUGAAAUUGAAAAUUUCAAAGUUGACACUAGUAAAGAUGUAAAUAUUGAAAGUGUAACCGACAAAAAUGACGUAGAGGAUAAAUUAGAUAACCAAGACAUUAAAUUGGGAUCACCCUGUACUGAUACUACUGAUUCAAAAGUGGAGUCUUUAGAAAACGAACACACAAAUGACAAUUCAAUUAUAAAAAGUGAAGAAAAAAGUUUGGUUGAAGUUAAAAAAAGUGAUGUUUCGGAAGUUAUUGCCACUCAAAAACCACCAAACCCUGCAGUUGUGGAAAAUAAAGGUGAAGUUUUAGAUGUGGAAGUCAUAAAAGAAUGUGAAUAUUCAAUUCUUAAAACUGAACUGGAGAAAGAUAUUAAUAUACCAAAAAAACAAAUUACAGAGAAAGUCAACACCCCAGUAAUCAAAUUAUCUAAUACUUUGGACAUUUUGUCUGAUGAUGAAGAUGAACAUCCUAAGAAAGAUUCUGAAAGUAAACCCGCGACGCCAAUUGUUACUACUUCUGAUGAUAAAUGUAUAAACCUUGAUGAUGAUGACGACAUAAUGUUAAUUGAUGAAGAAACGACUACUAAAGAAAAUGAAAAACAAUCUUCUGAUGUGAAAGUUACAGUUGAAAGAGUAGAGGAUGAUAUGAAGACAGAUACUAAUAUAGUGGAUUUAGAGAACUCGAUAGACAACGAAAGCAAGGAUCCUGUAACUGAAACGAAGACCGAAAACGGAUCUGAGAAUGUCAUCAGUGAAGAAGAACACCCUACACAUGUAGAGAAAACAAUAGAAGUAGUGUCUGAAAAACAGGAGAAACCUAAACCAUUGGUCCCCGACGAUUUCUUCAAAACAUACAGAAAAAAUUUAGCCGAGAUGACUCGAGACGAUUUGGAAGAGUUUUGCAUUCUAAAAAUUGUUGAAAGCAUUAUUGACAGAAGUAGUCUCAAUGAAAUAAGAACAAAGUUAAAAACCAUGGCACAAAAUAUUGAAGAAUAUAAGAAAAAAGCUAUGAUGCUUACAAAACAGAAUAGAGAUCUUCAGGUUGUACUUAAGUCGGUCCAAGAAGAACAGAGAAAGAUGACUGAUCAACCAAUAGCUCCAUUGAAAAUUACUAGAUCUGUAGGUAUGCAAGUACUGAUGACUGCAAAAAAUCAGAGAAGACUUGUACCUGGGCCGCCCAGUGCUAAUAAUACCAAUGCCAACAAUCAGUCGAAUACCGUAAGCAAUGCUUUGAAAAGAAACUCAACCCCGCGAGGUCAGAAACAGACCAAUAAUCAACAAAUACCUGUGCCGAGAUUAGUACCAGCUGUGAAUACUGCAGCGAACAAAACUAGCAACUCAGUGAGUCAAGGUGCCAACAAUAUUAUGAAAAUUAACCCAGCACAAAAUGGGUUGAAAGUACCCUCUCCCGUAACGAAGGCUCCUGAAAAAAGAACGCACAAUCGAAUGCAAACUCAAUCACAAUCGGUCACUGUAGACUUGACCGACGACGAGCCACCUGCGAAAGUAGUGUCUAAAAGUUCCCCCGCGCCACCUGUCAGACUCGUCAGUCCUUCAAACUUGCUUGCUCCUCGACAGACCACUCCAACCUACAACAGCCCUAGAAAAGUAUACAUACCUAUCAGCGGACCGCAAGGCCAAACUAUACAAUCCGUUAGACCGGGUCAAACCAUUAUGUUGAAAACUGUAUCAUCCCAAGGUCCGAGAGGUAGAGGUCCAGCUGCACCAAUAGUAAGGAUGCAGCAGAACUCAAUGCAAGUAAAAAGGGUCCCGAACACGCGGCACCCAGCACCGCUACCCGAUGCCAUGAAACAGUACCAACCUCCUAAUUGGAAAUCAUUACCACCGGCGCCAGACCUGAAAUUGUCUAAAGUCGAAAACGGAAUAGUUAUCUCAUGGAAAAUUGAAGGGUACCAAGAGGAUAGUUAUGAAGAAAUCGCCAGUUACCAACUGUACGCGUACCAAGAGACGUCGGCACCGCCUAGCACGGCACUGUGGAAGAAGAUUGGCGACGUGAAAGCGUUGCCCCUACCAAUGGCUUGCACUCUGACACAGUUUAUGGCUGGAUACAAAUAUUAUUUUGCAGUAAGAGCCGUUGACAUUAGAUCGCGACUAGGACCCUUCAGUUUACCAGGAAGCAUCCUGUUGGUGAAUAAAAUGUAAGACUGAUGCAUAAUUUUAUUUUUAUAAGUUUUUACGAUGCUGACAAUGUCAUA